UUCUGAUUUCUUCAUAAAUAAAAUCACUCAUCUCGAAUUCUUUAUAAUAACCUUUGACUAUAGCUAGUCUUAUCUACGAAGUGAACAACAACAAUGAAAAUUAAUAGGCACCUGUCUUUUUAUCGGCCCAGUUCAAUAGUGUUAUCCAAAAAAGAAGUUUCAUAGGUUUCAUAUAGUGCAAGUCAGCAUCGACAACAAACAAGAUAAUUUUCAAUAGAUAAAUAAAAGGACAUAGGACAAUAUGAAAAUAAUUAAGAUGAAGAAAUAUUACUAUUCGUUGAUAUGUUUUGCAAGCCUUUUUUCUUCGGGCGUUUCACACAUUACAGAUAAAGAAUAUGGUCUAAUGCCAGAAGUUUUUAAGGUCGAUAACUAUGAUACUUGUAUGUUAUUGGAAGAAAAAGCUUUUUAUUGUGAAAUAAAUGUUAAACUUGCUCCAAUCAAUCCUGAAAAUCCACCGAAACUUUGGAAAAUAAUUAAGGAAUACAGUUCAUCUGAACUGCAUUACCGGCAUGAUAAACUUCGCCGACAUAUUUGUGUACCGACAACUUGUCCAAAUGUGAAAACUUACAACAAAACACAUCCUGAUCUCAUCAAAGAAUUAACUCAGUGUUAUAACGAUAAAUACAGAGAUCAAGAACUUACGGGCACCGUUGAAAUAGUGGACUGUAAAACAGCUGGUCCAAUUUAUAAAAUAGAUACAGUAGAUUGGAGUGUUGCCAUAGCGUUUCUCUCAUAUCUUGGAUUGGUUCUAGUUCUCACCGCUUUAGAUUAUUUUAAAAGUUCUGAUGCAGAAAGUUACAAAGUUUUUAAAGAGAGCAAAAGAGGAAAAUUACUUGUGGCAUUUUCAAUUAUUAAUAAUUGGAAAAAAUUACGAUCCAUUCCUUCAGGACCAGAUUUCGAACGAUUAAAGCCUGUUCAAGGUUUAAGGGUAUACAUGUCAAUAAUGGUGGUAAUAGUACACGCAAUUCUAGCCCAAGUUGCAAUACCAGUUUCAAACCCAAAAUUUCUCGAAGAUAUGAACGAUUCUCCUGAUCUCUUAAGCAAUUUUCCAAAACGAGCCGUAUUCAUAUUAUCUUUCCAUUUUAUGAUGUCUUCGUGGAUGUUAAUAACUUCUUUAUUGGUAAAGCAUGAUAGGAAUGAAAUUAUUGAUUUAAAAUUCAUCAUCAAAUCGAUUAUAAAAAGAUACGUAAGGUUUAUCUUGACAAUUGCAGUAGUAGUUGGGUUUUAUGCAACCUGGUUGAGGCAUAUUCCCUAUGGACCUUUCUUUAGUGUAUGCGAAGAGAGCGAUAAAUGUAGAAAAAAUUGGUGGGCCAAUUUUCUCUUCAUACAAAACCACUAUGAUCGAUAUUAUAUGUGCCAUAUUAUUACUUGGUAUUUGUCUGUGGACAUGCAAUAUUACAUUAUCGGAUUAUUUCUAUUUAUGAUAAUUUUAAGAAAAAAAAUCAACAUCCCAGUUACCGUUUGUUUCCUGCUAAUAAUCAACUUUAUUUUUGCGUUUUGGGACCAUUGGAGGCAUGGCUAUUCAUCGGCCUUAAGUGGAGAACCAGAAGAAAUAUACAAAGUGGUGUUUAAUAAAAAGGCUCAAUGGCACGACCACUUUGCUAGCUAUCAUGGUAACGCAGCUGGAUAUAUAGUGGGGAUUGGAUUUGGAUAUGUAUAUCAUAAAAAUAAAGAUCAAAAGAUUUUCAUAGGCUUGAAGAAGAAGCUAGCCUGGACUAUUUUGUCUGUAUGCUUACUAGGAGCAACAAUAGUUGUCCCACAAAUAAUAGAUGUUGAUGCAACAAAUACAUUAUCAGCUCUGUGGGUAGCACUAACAAGGCCAUUGUUUUCAUUGGGAAUGGGCAUUUUUGUUUUAGGUUUAUCAGAAGGUCUAGGAGGUUGGGUAAAAGAUUGUUUGAGCUGGUCCCCUCUGUAUGUUCUUGGGAAAUUAUCUUAUUGUGUUUAUCUCUGCCAUACAGUAUUUCAAACUCUCAGAAUUGGUUUUAUGAGAUCUCCAGGAUAUAUCAGCUAUUAUACUAUGCUUGAUACUUCUGCCUCUGAUGUGUUACUGGCUUUCGUAGGAGCUCUGUUUUUGUCACUAUUUUUCGAAAUGCCUUCGAAUGAAUUGGCCAACAAUAUGUUCGGGACAAAGAAGAUAGAAAAGAAAAUUGAAAAGAAAACCAACUAAAAUA